AACCGCAGCAGCCUCAGUGGACUCCUUGAUUGAUUGGUGGGCAGCCGGUGCCAGCAUGCAGGCUGAGGAGAGCUUCCAGGUCCUGGUGGGAACAGGAGACAGCUUCCCACUGAUGGAGAUCAGCACUUGUGAGGCAGAACCCGCUGAGCAGUGGGACUUCGUCCUUGUGGCCAAGUACUAUACAGAGUUGAGAGUCAGGCAGGCUGAACGGCGGAAGCAGUUCCUGGAAGAGCUCAAGAGCAAAGGCUUCCAUAUCACGAUGAGAGAGGACCAGAAUCAGGUGUUCUUUGGGAUCCGAGCUGACAAUAGGAUCUUCGAUUUGUACCGCACCCUGCUCAUGGAGCCAGAAGGUUCUGCCCCUGGCAUGGAACCGGCCAGACCAACCACUGUCCCAGCUACCACGAGAAUCCGGAUUGUGAACUUCAUCCUGAACAGCAAGACGGCAGCUGGUGAUACCUUCGAGGACUUGGUGAAGGAUGGGGUCUUUGAGGACAAGUUUCCCCUGCACAGGGGGAAGGAAGACCUGAAGAUGAAGUGGGCCCGGUGGAGAAACCUGUUCCAGGAGCAGCCAAUUGAUGCUAUCAGGGACUACUUUGGUGUGAAGGUGGCACUGUACUUCGCCUGGCUGGGCUGGUAUACCUACAUGCUGGUGCCUGCUGCUGUGGUGGGCCUCAUCGUCUUUCUGAGUGGGUUUGCCCUGUUCAACUCCAGCCAGAUCAGCAAGGAGAUCUGUGAGGCCCACGACAUCUUCAUGUGUCCAAUUGGUGACAGCAACAAAUACCAGCCGCUCUCAGCCACCUGCAUUUUUGCCAAGGUCACUCACCUCUUUGACAAUGAGGGCACUGUGCUGUUUGCCAUCUUCAUGGCUCUGUGGGCCACUGUGUUUCUGGAGAUCUGGAAGCGGCAGCGAGCCCGUGUCGUCCUGCACUGGGACCUGUAUGGGUGGGAUGAGGACCAGGAGGAAAUGGCGCUCGAGCUCAUCAACUGCCCUAACUACAAGCUCCAGCCACACCAGCACUCCUACCUGCGCAGCACCAUCAUCCUGGUCCUGUCUCUGCUCAUGAUUUGUCUCAUGAUUGGCAUGGCACAUGUGCUAGUGGUCUACCGAGUGCUGGCUGCUGCCCUCUUCAGCAACUUGGCCUGGCCCUUCCUGGAGGUGACCACAGCUGUAGUGGUGACUGGGGCCCUGGUACACUACUUGACUAUUGUCAUCAUGACCAAGGUCAACAAGUAUGUGGCCUUGAAGCUUUGUGAUUUUGAGAAGCCCAGGACCUUUUCGGAGCGUGAGAGCAAGUUCACCGUUAAGUUCUUCACGCUGCAGUUCUUUGCCCACUUCUCCUCCCUCAUCUACAUCGCCUUCAUCCUGGGCAGGAUCAACGGUCACCCUGGGAAAUCCACGCGCCUGGCCGGGCUGUGGAAGCUGGAGGAGUGCCACCUCAGCGGCUGUAUGAUGGACCUGUUUGUGCAGAUGGCCAUCAUCAUGGGCCUGAAGCAAACACUCAGCAACUGCAUGGAGUACCUGCACCCGUGGCUUACCUAUAAGUAUCGCAUGCUUCGAGCCUGCUGGGCCAGCAACCCCGAGCUCCGGGACUGGCAGUACAACUACUGCCUGAACCCAGUCACCACCUUCAGCCUGUUCGAUGAGUUCAUGGAGAUGAUGAUCCAGUAUGGCUUCACCACCAUCUUUGUGGCUGCCUUCCCCCUGGCGCCACUGCUUGCACUCUUCAGCAACGUGGUAGAAAUCCGUCUGGACGCCAUCAAGAUGGUGCAGCUGCAGCGGCGGCUGGUGCCUCGCAAGGCCAAAGACAUCGGAACAUGGCUGCAGGUACUGGAGACCAUCGGUGUGCUGGCAGUCAUUGCCAAUGGGAUGGUCAUUGCCUUCACGUCUGAGUUCAUCCCCCGCAUGAUCUACAAGUACCGUGACAGCCCAUGCCGAAAGGAGCCCUCCCAGAAAGUCGACUGCCUCACUGGCUAUGUCAACCACAGCCUUUCAGUCUUCUUCACAAAGGACUUCCAGGACCCCAAGAAGAUACAGGCCUCAGGAAAUGUGACUGAGUGCAGGUACCGAGACUAUCGCAAUCGCGAUCCCCGUAAUGAAUACAACUUUACUGAGCAGUUCUGGUUUCUCCUGGCUAUUCGCCUGGCUUUUGUCAUCCUCUUCGAGCACGUUGCCUUAUGCAUCAAGCUCAUUGCUGCAUGGUUUGUCCCUGAUGUCCCCCAGUCGGUGAAAAAUAAGGUUCUAGAGGAGAAGUAUGAUAUGCUGCAGGAGAAGCUCCGGUCCAGCUCCAAGAGUACAGAUGUAUAGGUGACCAGAAGCAGGUGGAGAGGCACUGGCCACCAGGAGCUACCGCCACCUACACAUCCAUCUUUUUCUGGCUGUGUGUGCACAUGUAUGGGGUGGGACCUGCAAGGAGACCUGUGCUUAUGUGGAGUCCUGGGAGACCCUUGGAUAUGAGAGUGAUGCUAGACGUCUAUGUACAUGCAGGUGCAUAUCGGGGUGUCCUGGGAGGUCCUUGUCUAUUGGGGGGGUCACAGGAGUUCCACACGCAUGUGGAGCAUCUGUGUGAAGCACUCCUGUGCCUGCUGGGCCUGCACCAUCUCCUUUGGGACUCAGGCAGGUAUAGCACCCUGACUGUACCUCUGGGUCACCCUGGCACCCACAGCUUUUGCGGGUUUCUCAUGCAAUCUCACAGCAUAGUUGGUCCAAGUUCCCCAGGUCUCCCAGACUUCUCAGUCCAGUCUUGACUCCAUUCCGCCUUGCUGGUGCCAUCCACCCCACCCCAAGCCCAGUAUGCCCGCUGUCCCUGGAAAGGCCUGGGUCCCCCAACUGAGCAGAACUUUCGGUAAUAAAGUUAAACCUGUCUGUUGACUUCUGGGCCUCUGUUCGUAGAGACCAGGUCUCCGGGGUGUGCUGUCAGCCUGAGCUAGAAAGAAAUCAGUCCUUGAGGUUGCAAAGCUGGGAAUGCGGAACCUCAGGCUACCUUGUCCUUCCUGUGCUGCAGGGAGAAGCUGCAGGGGGAAGCAGGUAAUGGGUAGCUGGGGUCUGGACAGGAUUCCCACAGGAAGGGGAAGGCUGAAAAGGUGCCCAGAGGCU